AUGUCGAUCACUGGCUUCAAAGAAAUCCUGCAGGCGGCGUCGAGUUACUUCAGGAAUAUCUUCGGGGCUGAUCAUCCGGUCGAGGGAGCAGAAUGGAAUUUUAACCCAGCUCGCCGGCUGGAUGAAAGGGUGGCUGAAAAACUGACAGCAGAUUGGUCAGAACAGGAGGUGAAGAAGGCCUUCGCGGCAAUGGCGAGGAACAAAUCACCUGGAAGUGAUGGUCUGCCGAAGGAGCUGUUUGAGGCUCACUGGGACCUGUUGGGGGAGAGCUUCAUGGUGAUGGCGAAGAGCUUCGAGAGCAGCGCUUCUCUGCCGGCCGAAGUGAAGGAAGCGGUAACGAUUUUGCUGCACAAGAAGGGAGACAAGGAGCAGCUCAAUAAUUACCGCCCGAUCACUCUGCUGAAUUUCACCUACAAAGUUCUGGCGCGGGUGGUAGCAGAUCGUAUGAAAUCGGUGUUGCACAUGGUUAUCUCACCGGAGCAGUACGGCUUUAUCCCUGGUCGACGUCUGUCGGAUGCAGUCGCGCUGGUCGCGGAUAUUAUCGAAGGCGCGAAAAACGGGAAGAAGGAUUGGUACCUGCUUCUGGUUGACUUCCAGAAAGCAUUUGAUUCGGUCUCGAGGGAGUUCCUUUUCAGCGUGCUGGAGAAGAUGGGCUUCCCAGAGCGGCUUGUUGGCUGGGUUAAGGGCCUGCACGAGGGAACAACAACCAAACUUCUCAUUAAUGGCUGGCUCGGCGAUGGUGUGGACGUGGUUUCUGGGGUCCGGCAGGGUUGUCCCUUGGCGCCAUAUUUGUUUCUGUGCGCGGUGGAACCGUUGGCCCUUGAAGUGGAGAGGCGGGGGCUCGGUCUUGAGAAAGAAGGGCACCGGCUCGGGUAUCUCGGUUACGCGGAUGAUACGACGCUUGUCCUGCAAGGAAGGGAGCAGAUCGGUCAAGCGGAGGUAUUGCUGGAUCGUUUUGAGAAGGCGUCGGGACUGGCGACGAACAAGUCGAAAUCGGUGGUCUUACCUCUGGGGGAUAAUAUUGGAGCGAUGGAUAAUGGAGCUGGUGGCUUCAAAUGGGCCGGUGCGGACGAAGCAGAGCGGUUACUGGGGGUGUGGGUGACGCCGUCUGGCAACGGUCUGCCAACAUGGGAGAAGACGUGGAGCCGUGUAUCGGAGAAGCUGACCAAAUGGCACGCAAAUCUACCCGCCGCCGGCAAUUAUCUGGCUGGAGAUCAUGCGUCUACUGCACAGCUUCACAUCAGGAAACAGGGUUGCAACGGCAAAAAGCUUCAUCCUCUGGAGUAG